AUGGCGUUAGCGGCUGUGGGGCAGAUCACUUCGACUGCAUCGAUGGAACACAACCUAGCACAGUGCCGUCAUGUGAUACAGAAAGCAGUGGCGAAGGGCGCAAAGGCAGUAUUCCUACCUGAGGCGAGUGAUUACAUUGGCGGGUCGCCCGAGGAGUCGAAGUCGCUAUGCAGGUCCGUCAAAGAGUCUAUCUUUGUGUUGGGCCUCCAGGACGACGCAAAGAAGCACAAGCUUCCCAUCUCAGUCGGCAUACACGAACCAAGUGAUAAUCCCGACAGUAAACGGAUCAAGAACACCCUGAUAUGGAUCGAUGAGACCGGCCAGAUCACACAUCGCUACCAGAAACUGCACCUAUUCGACCUGGAGAUCGAAGGCGGUCCGGUUAUGAAGGAGAGCAACACGAUCGAACCCGGCAGCGAGAUACUGCCUCCCUUCGACACCCCGGUAGGCAAAGUCGGUUCGAUGAUUUGUUUCGACCUACGGUUCCCGGAGAUUGCGCUGGCCUUGAAACGACGGAAAGCCGACAUUUUGCUGUACCCUUCAGCCUUCAUGCCAGACACGGGCAAGGCGCACUGGCUACCUUUACUGCGGGCUCGGGCUAUCGAAUGCACUUCGUACGUUCUUGCGGCCGCGCAAGUAGGACCGCAUAAUGAGAAGCGGACGAGCUACGGUCACAGCAUCAUUAUCAGUCCGUGGGGCGAGGUGAUUGCUGAGCUUGGUGGCGAGAAGAAGGAUGAGCCGGAGGUUAUCUUCGCAGAGAUCGAUCUUGGCUAUGUGGAAAAGGUGCGGAAGGAGCUGCCACUGAAGAGAAGAACAGAUGUGUAUCCGGAGAUAUAA